CAGGGCCGCUUCCCCUGCCCUUUCCCUCCCCCUCCGCCCACAGUGGGCCGGGGUCGGCUCCGACAGAGGGGAGCACGAGGGGCUCAGGGCUCGGCGGCGGCAGGAGAAGCAGGAGAAGAAGGAGGAGAAGGAGGAGGAGGAGGAACCGGCUUUCCCGGCUCUCCAGUUGCGCGCCUGGCGAUGGCGAUUGGCAGCCCUUCUGCGCCCCCCGAGCACUAGCCUUGCCCUUGGGCUCGCCGUGCCCCCGUCCUCCUCACCUUCUCCGCCGCCCUCCUCCUCCUGGUGGUGGUGGUGCUGGUGGUGGUCCUCCCCGUCCUCCCCGUCCUCCUCGUCCUCGUCCGCCCGUCCGUCCGUCGAUCGGUGGGUCCGAGCCCCCGGCGCGGCUCUCCCCGGCGCAGCACGGAGUCCCGGCGGCCCAUGGCGCAGCCCACGGCCUCGGCCCAGAAGCUGGUGCGGCCGAUCCGCGCCGUGUGCCGCAUCCUGCAGAUCCCGGAGUCCGACCCCUCCAACCUGCGGCCCUAGAGCGGGGGGCCCGCCCCGAGGACCGACCGACCGACCGAACGAACGACCGACCGACCGACCGACCGACGGCCGGCCCAUGGGCAGCGCGCCUCCAGCCACCGCAGGGAGCCCCGUGAGAGCCCCAUGAGGGCGGGCACGUCAUGGAGACCUCGCCCAGCUACCCCCAGGACCCGCCCAGCUGGGAGAAGCGGGCAUCACAGAGCGGCAUGGGGCAGGGGGCUGGCACCCUGAACUGUGGGCCGCUGUGCUUGGGGGAGCCCGCCCCGCUCUGGAGGGGGGCCCCGGGAAGCUCAGAUUCCUGGUUCUUUCCCGGUUUUCCUCAGGGAUCCAAGGACCCCCUUCCCCUCUGGGGGGGCGAGGGAACCCGGAAUGGGGAGGGGAAGCCCGGGUGGCUGGGGGGCAAAGAGGGUCUGCGGUGGAAGGAGGCAGUAGUGGCCCACCAGCUGGCACUCUGCGGACAGCCCGGCCCACCUCGUUAUGGACUCCUGCCUCCUGAGCAGGGUGGCCCCCCAAAAAGUGACCCGCUGGCCUUCCGGCCCGUGCACUGCCCCUUCCUCCUGGAGGCCAAGUUCUUGGAGCAUACCCCAUUCUGGGUGCCCACCUGCCUGCCUCCCUACUUGAUGCCUGGCCUGCCACCUGAGCACCACUCUGACUGGCCUCUGGCUCCCUACCCUUGGGCAUAUCCAGGGAUUCAGCCCAAGGGCCCUCUGGCCUUCAGCUCAGGGAACAAGGGAUUUUAUCACAAGGAUCUAGGCAUCCCCCAGCUGGCAAAGGAGCCACUGGCCACUGCUGAACCCGGGUUGCUGGGCAGAGCCCCUGGGGGGCAUCUUCCCAGAGCCGGGGAAGCGGAGCGUGCCCUGACCACCGGGAAGGACGGGGUGCCGGGGGCCGGCGCUGACCAGAACUCGCGCUUACCGCUCCUGGGGCAGCCAGAUGCCAGCUCCAAGUCUUCCUGGCCCACGUGCCCUCCAGGCCUGGCCCACGCUCUCGGCCCUGCCCGGACCACGCCUAGAAAUGGGAGUCCGGGGUACCCACCACCGGGAUCGCCUUCUGGGUCAGCAUGCCCUUCCUCUGGGCAGCCAGCCUCUCAGGCGGGCCGCCACGCAUCCCACCCACCUGCCGGAGACGGGGGUCCGAGCUGCUGCGGGAGGUGCUGCGUGGGCACCGAGAGCAGCGCCAGUGGGCCGGGGGGCUCCGGCGAGGAAGCGGGCAAACACUCCGGGGCCGGGGCCUGCCCCCCGAGCUAUCACACCAAACUGAAGAAGACGUGGCUCACCCGGCACUCCGAGCAGUUUGGGUGCCCGGCCGGGUGCUCAGGAGAGGAGAUGGUCCCUGGCCCCCAACUUCGGGCUCUCAAGAGGGAGGGGAGCCCCGAGGUGGGGGGCCCGGCUGGAAGUCCAGCCCUCAAACGACCCCCUGGCCCUUUCCCUGUUGUCGCCACCCGGGUCUUGGGCGGAAAGGGGCAGGGGCCUGAGGGUUGGCAGGAGGCCCCGGGACCAACAACGGGAAGCAAGGCGGUGGUGGAGGAAUCCGGCGGCCAGAGAGGGCAACCGGACAGCGGGACCGGGCUUCGGGGUCCUGGACUCCAGAGCGUGCCGUGCACGGCUCUCCCGACGGGAGUCUCCCGCUGCCCUAGCUGUGCCCGUGGGCCAGGGGAGGGUGAAGGUUCUGCGGAGCCGGCUUGCUGUUUUCUCAAUGUCAGGAGGUUGGCAGAGGGAUUAGCCGGCAGCCCCGAGGAGGGCGAAGGGCCUGGCCCGGAGACCAGGCUGAGGUGGGGUCUUGCCAAGUACCUGCUGGGCAGCCUAGGGGACCGUCUGUGUCGCCUUUUGCGCCGGGAGCGGGAGACCCUGGCCUGGGCCCAGAGGGAAGAAGUGCCCAUCCACCAGGAGGACUCUGGGGCCACCCACUGCUGCGGCCGCUGCCGGCACAGUCUCUUCAACACCCACUGGAGUUGCCCUUUCUGCAGCUACCGGCUGUGUGCAGCUUGCGGGAGGAGCGGGGGUGCCGGAAAGACCGGAGACAGACCAGGCCAGCCGGAGCGACCCCAGGAAGGCUGCGCCCACGGCUCCGAGCAUGGAACCCGCUCACUGGUUUUGACCCAGUUUGUCCCUGGCCGGGCUCUGACCGAGCUGGGCACCGCGAUGCAUCAGGCCCGGGCCAGGCUUGAUCUGCGAGGAUACUGCCCCUGCCAAGUCGAUGCCCGGGCAUGGGCCCCCAUCAAGGGAGGAAAACAGAAGGAAGCAGUGCGGAGUAGACCCCCUACCACCCAGUCCUCCUGCAAUGGAGACGCUGACAGGACCAAGGGAAUCAAAGAAGAGGUCCCAGACUCGACCGAGCCCCCAGGGGAGGAGCAGAGGCCUCGAGAUCCACUGCCGUGCUCCUCGCUCUGUGAGCUGCUCGCCUCCACGGCCGUCAAACUCUGCCUGGGCCAUAACCGGGUCCACAUGGCCUUCGCCCCCGUCACCCCGGCCCUGUCUAGCGACGACCGCAUCACCAACAUCCUGGACAGCAUCAUCGCGCAGGUGGUGGAGAGGAAGAUCCAGGAGAAGGCCCUAGGGCCGGGGCUGCGGGGAGCCCCAGGACUGCGUGGAGGUUUGGGGCUUGCCACCCCCCGGGCCUCUCCAGGCCAGCCUCAGCGCGGGGGUCUGCUCUGGCUUCAGGAGCCCCGGCCCGAACAGGGCUACCACCUCUUCCAGGAGUACUGGAGGCAGGGACAGCCAGUGCUGGUGUCGGGCUUGCAGAGGACGCUGCGGGGCAGUCUGUGGGGGCCGGAGGCUCUGGGGGCCCCGGGGGCCCCGGGGGGGCAAGUGCAGGCGCUGAGCCCCCGAGGGCCCCCCCGGCCAUCCGGCCUGGGCAGCACGACGUUCUGGGAUGGCUUUGCUCGCCUGGAGGCGCACCUGGAGCGAGACGAGGGGUCCCUGUUGAUGCUGGAGAGUGAUCUGGGGGAUCCAGAGACGGGCAGGGCGGAGAACCUGGCUGCCAGCCUGCCACUCCCGGAGUACUGCGGCCAUCACGGGCAGCUCAACUUGGCAUCCUACCUCCUCCCCGGCCCUGGCCGCCGCUGGCUGGAGCCACGGCUCUGUGCGGCCUACGGUGUGAGCCCUCAGCGUGGGCACCUGGGGACCAAGAACCUGUCCGUGGAGGUGACGGAUUUUGUCAACAUCCUGGUCCACGCAGAAGCAUCCCUCCCUGGCUGGCACCGUGCCCAGAAAGAGCUCCUGACAUCACCCGAUGGGGAGGAACUGUGGGCUCCAGGAAGUCAAGCUGGCAUGGUGUGGCACGUAUACCGGGCACAGGACACCCAACGCAUCCGCCGCUUCCUCCAGAUGGUGUGCCCCGCUGGGGCCAGCACUCUGGACCCAGGGGUUCCCGGGAGCUGCUACCUGGAUGCCGGCCUGCGGCGACGUCUGCGGGAGGAGUGGGGUGUCAAUGGCUGGACCUUGCUGCAGUCGCCCGGCGAGGCUGUGAUAGUGCCUGCCGGGGCUCCUCAUCAGGUCCAAGGCCUUGUGAGCACGGUCAGUGUGACCCAGUAUUUCCUGUCACCCGAGAGCAUUGCCCUCUCCAGCCAGCUCUGCCAUCAGGCUCCCAGCUUGCCCCCCGAAGCCCGCCAGUUGUAUGCCCAGAUGGACCGGGCCAUGUUCCAAGCAGUCAAGGAGGCCGUGGUCACCUUACAGGACUGCAAUUAGGGGGAACCCAGCCGUCCGGGAGGCCCAGGCGGGACUGGGCGAGGAGCAGCACGUAAGCCGGAUGUCGCUCCCAGUGGCUCACCCUCUGGGCACCCUCAGGGGAAGCUGCUUAGCGGUUCAGGACGGGCCUGCCAAUUCCGUGGGCACUCCUCAGGGCCCAAGCCAGGGGGGCACCGUCCUCCGGGGUCCCUCGCUUUGCGCCCCAGCGUCAGUAGCCACGUUCCUGCCAAUGCUGAUGCUUGUUCUCAUUCUACCACUCUCCCGAGGCUGACCUGGUCUGCCCUUGUCCACGGGUGGGAGUUCGCCCCACGCUCCACCCGCCUGCACCGGAGAAGAACGAACCGGGUCAGGGGUAGCACGAACAUCCCUCCUGGAUACGUGGGCCCUCGGGGAAUCAGCCCGGCUUGAGCUCCAUCGCCCCCCACUUCUUUGCCUUCUUGCCUGCUGCGCUCCACCCCUUACGACAAGCUUUCUGGUCCCCGUCUCCCCAUCGCUGCUGUUCUCCCUGGGACGGCCACACCUCCUGUCACCCUUGUCACUGGACAGCGCCGGGCACGGGAGCUCCCUGACUCCACCCACUUUCCAGAGGGGCAUCGGGGCCAGGGAAAAGGGCAGACCAGGGAUGGGAGGAUGGGGACCCCCUCCACCCCGGGUGGCACAGCCCCUUCC